AUGUCUUUUAGUUGUCAGGGCCAUGGGCUGAUCACCCGCAGGACCAACCAGUACUUUAAAUCAACAAUUCCUCUCAGACAAUUUGAGCCUCUUUUGCCAUCGGUCGUGAGGACCGUCUUCAGGCAGUGCAACGGGGAGCGCUGGCCGCCCAGGUGCUGCACCUGGAGGAUCAACCUCGACAACCCCGCGGUCAUGGCGUCGCUGCCCCCCGAGCUCGCGCAGCUGGUGGUGCAGCGCAGGGAGUACCACGCCACCCCAGGCAAGCUAUUCUGCUGCGACAGGCGCUGCAGGACAUACAUUGCCCCAGACAAAAUCAACGAGAAGACAAACAUCGGCUUCUGCGGGGCCUGCUGGGGAGGGACCUGCGCCUCGUGCCGGCGACACCCCCACGUCGGCAGGUGUAAGGAGGACUUCCAGCAGAAGGCUAUGGAGAGGUACUUCCUUUACAAAGGGUGGAAGAAGUGUGAGGUAUGCGGGAGUAUUGUGGAGAAGAGAGUUGGCUGCAACCACAUGACCUGUACCUGCGGAGAACAAUUCUGCUAUGUAUGCGGCCAACACUGGCGAAGCUGCAACUGCCCCCAGCACACCAACCCCGAACACAACAACGACCUCACGACGGAUCCAGUCAGCGCCUGGUUCCGGUUCCCCCAACAGCCCCGCUGCUACGGACAAGAAUUCCGCAUCAACACCAUCCUGCCCCAGACGUUCUCCUGCGCAAAGUGUGAACACAGGUGCGGGAGCUCAGGGGACCCCUCGUACCAGUGCCAGGACUGCGGCAGGCACCUCUGCAAGGGCUGUGCCCUCCGCUGCAUCGCCGAUGGCCGGUAUCACAGCCCUGACUGUAAUGCGGUGCCGGCGGAGGCGAGGGGGUCCGUUGGGGAGGGAGCAAGUGACGAGGACGUUGGGGGUAUGUUGCCUACGGCUCGUGCCGGCGUGGGGGAGGACUGA